AAGCUGAGGUAGGCAAAAGUGUACUUCAUUUGUAAACAGUAAAUUAGUAGCGGGAGGCGAUAGGUUCUUGCGGUUGAGCUGCCGACUUCAAAAAGCACGACACGAUCCAAAGGUAGAAGCAGGGAAGAAGCAACUGCCAUUUACUGUGUUGCCAAGAUGGAUGUGAAAGAGGAGCCAUGUGAGAGUAAAAUUAAUACCAUGGAGAUAAAGACUGUGAGUAUUAAGGAAGAGGACUGUAAAUGGGAGUCUGUCCACCUCAGCAUUAAGGAUGAGGAUUAUGAACUGGUGACUGUGGGCAUUAAAGAAGAGGCAGAGGAGACAUCUGUCAGCGUUGUUGAGCAUAAAUAUAAAAUUAUGGAACACACUGACUGCAAAGUGAGGUCUGAGUCACUGCAGUCUGGCCCAAAGAGUACGGAGGAAAUUUCACCUGUUGGAACUCACGAAGAUCAACCAUCACUUCCAAAUCAGCCAGAAGAAAGAGACAAACUGCACUGCUGUUCUGAAUGUGGCAAACAAUUCUGUCACAGGAGUAACCUUUGGAGGCACAUGAAAAUUCACACUGGAGAGAAGCCAUAUUGCUGUUCUGAGUGUGGCCAAGAGUUUUUGCACAGGAGCAGUCUUCUGAGGCACAGAAGAAUUCACACAGGAGAGAAGCCAUAUUUCUGUUCAGAAUGCGGCAAACAAUUCUGUUACAGGAGCAGUCUUCAGAAACACAAAAGAAUUCACACAGGAGAGAAGCCAUAUUCCUGUCCUCAGUGUGGCAAACAAUUCUGUUACUUGAGUACGCUUCAGAACCACAAAAGAAUUCACACAGGAGAGAAGCCAUUUUGCUGUGUGGAAUGUGGCAAACGAUUCUUAGACAGGAGUACUCUUCAGAAACAUACUACAAUUCAUAAAGGAGAGAAGCCAUUUUGCUGUUCUGAAUGUGGCAAACAGUUCUCCCAUAAAAGCGGACUUCGAAGCCACAGAAAAAUUCAUACGGGAGAGAAGACACAUAGCUGCUCUGAAUGUGGCAAACAAUUCUAUGACAGGAGUAGUCUUCAGAGGCACAUUAGAAUUCAUACAGGAGAGAAGCCAUAUUUCUGUUCUCAAUGUGGCAAAACGUUUUCGCAAGUGAGCAGUUUUAAGAACCACAAAAACAUUCACAUGGGAGAGAAGCCAUAUAGUUGUUCUGAAUGUGGCAAAAAAUUUUUGACGAUGAGUAAUCUUCAGAGUCAUAAAAGAAUUCACACGGGAGAAAAGCCAUAUUUCUGUUCUAAAUGUGGCAAACAAUUUGUGCAUAUGAGCAGCCUUAGGCGACACACUGCAGUUCAUACAGUAGAGAAGGAGGGAGCUCUGAAGGAGUAAGUCGAUUUAUGAAGAAGAAAGAAAUGGAGGAAGGAGGGAAAUGUAAACCUCCUACCUUCUCAAGUCUUGAUAAGUAGUUUCAGUUGUUGGAAACCUCAUCACUACUCUUAUAGUAUGAUUUUUAAAAAAGUAUUCAUUCUGACCGAACAUCUCCCAGGAUGAAAAGAUGCCAAAAAUUCUACCUUGGCGUUCAAUAAAGUGAUGGUGACAGUGAUUGAGCAAAGUCCUCAGAGAAUAAGACCUCUGAUGUGGUGUCACUCCAGAUCGACAGUGUUGCUGACCCCACAACAUAGGAACAAGACCAUAAAAGUCCAACUUGAGCAAUAAAUGAAAAAGACAGAACUGUGUAGUCGUCAUAAAGAGAAGAUCAUGUACUACUACUUUUGUGCAGUAAAUCCAGAAUUUCCAACUAAAGGGUAUGCCAAGAUGACUUGCAGAAAACAGGAAUUCUUGAAAAGUAAUCCCUACAUCCAAAUUAAGUAAGAUAAUUGAUGCAAACCUCAGAUCUCUAAUUGGAAUGAUUAAAGAAAGAAAUCAGAUAAGGCACGACAAAUAAAACGCCAGUAAAGAAAAGUAAAAUAUAAAAUAAUGCUGAAGAAAUUCAACACCCAGAUAUAAUGAGAAGGUGAUGGGGUAUAUAUAUUCUGACAUGAAAGCACCAGCAGCCAAACUAAAUGAAAUAAGAGAAGGCAGGGUAUAUUUAAAAAUAAACACCCAAAUAUGACAGAAAUAUUCCGUAAAUGAUGAUCAUGCAGAAAUGGAAUGUCCUCCGAAGCAACCAAUUUUGUAAUUAUGAUAUACACACAAUAGACAAAGAAGUUUUGGAGUUGUAUAAAAUGGCAGAGAUGGAAGAACAUUAAAUUAAAAGCAAUGACAAAAUUAUUGUUUACGUCAACAUGUCCAAAGGCCACAAGAGACAACAGCACUGGAUGGUGAGUAAAGUGGAGUGGCAAGAAAUAUAAAUAUUAGGAAAAUCCAUCUGCAGAAACUUGUUAAAUCUCAAAAAGAAAUGAAGUUACAAAAGAGAAUACCACCACAAAACAAAAAAAAUAAAUAAUUCUGCAUACAUGUCCAAUAAUAUACAAAUAUCAGUGCUGUCCAAAACUUUGCAUCCUGAUAUCUGAAAGAGUUGUGGUCUUGACUGAAACUGAUUACACAUAGGGAUCAGCAAUC